AUGACUCAAGAUUCCACCUCAACGGAAACCUGGCGCACUCUAGUCGCACAGAAGCGCAAGCAACUGGACGCGCAAAUUCCAUCCGAAUGGCGUCUAAGCGAUGAAUUCCUGGCUUCAGUUCCCUCUAAUGGCCGUUUGAUUGAAACCGGUGUCGUACGUCGUACUGGGAUCCUCUCAGAUGAUGAGCUCGAUAUCACAGAGAAUUAUUCCGCAGCAGAGCUCCUACCGAAGCUGGCGUAUGGAGAAUUGAGCUCAUUGGCUGUUACGACGGCAUUCUGUAAGCGGGCGGCUAUUGCGCAGCAAUGGACUUCGUGUCUGACUGAGCACUUCUUCGCGAGGGCUCUUGAGCGCGCUCAAUAUCUAGAUGAAUACUUGAAGAGGGAGAAGAAGGUGGUUGGGCCAUUCCAUGGUCUCCCUGUCAGCAUCAAGGACAGUUUCUGUGUAGAGGGAAUCCAGAGUACGGUGGGUUAUGUCUCCUUCCUGGAGAAUGAACCGGCGACUUCCAACUCAGCUCUGGUUGAGAUGCUACUCAACCUGGGCGCAGUGCUCUAUGUCAAGACAAAUAUUCCCCAGACAAUGAUGACAGGAGACUCAGAAAACAAUAUCUUCGGCCGCACCUUGAACCCCCAUAAUACCCAUUUGACUGCUGGAGGAUCGAGUGGCGGCGAAGGAGCCCUGGUGGCCUUCCGUGGCUCAAUUCUGGGAAUAGGCACAGACAUUGCGGGCUCAAUUCGCAUCCCCUCCCUCUGCUGCGGUGUUUAUGGCUUCAAGCCUACAACAGACCGCAUCCCCUGGGGUGGUCAAGUGGCCGAUUUGGCAAUGGAGGGUGUUCCCGGCUUGAAGCCAUCGGCCGGUCCCCUAGCUCAUACCUUGAACGAUCUCGAGCUGUUUAUGUCGACCGUGUUAGACGCUGAACCCUGGAAGUACGAUGCGACAGCAAGUGCAGCACCCUGGUACAAGCUCUCUAAAUCGCAAACUGAACUCACCAUCGGCGUCUUGCCUGAGGACGUCCACUUUCCACUGCACCCUCCAGUGCGCAGAGCGUUAAACUCGGCUAUUGAUGCGUUGAACAAGCAAGGUCACCGAAUUGUACAGCUGGAAAAUGAUCCCACACGAGACCUUGCAUAUGUGAACCGUCUUGCUUUCCAAUAUUUCGUCUACGGACCACACGUUGAUCACAUCGAAUCCAGCGGGGAGCCAUUGGUGGCUUCAGUGGCCAAAAUGGCAUCGCCCAUGUUCACCGGACCUUUCCCAGUAGACAUGGAACUACCGCCAUUCGAGAAGAUUAAUGCACUGCACCUUGCAAGACAGAAGUAUGCCGAUGCGUGGCGCAAGACGUGGGUCGAAAAUGGCUUGGACGUUAUCCUGGCACCUGCGGCCCAGAACACCGCUGUGCCUCAUGAUACGUUUGGAUGGCCACCGUAUACACUAGUUUGGAACCUACUUGAUUAUCCCGCAUGCAUCAUCCCUUAUGGAAAGUCCUCCAAGGAGCUUGACCCCGAACCCAUGGAUGUUACUGACGGCGUUCAGCCAAGUUAUGACCCGAACGCUGUUGAUGGAGCUCCAUGCGCCAUCCAAGUCAUCACACCCCAUUUCCAGGAUGAAAAGUGUUUGUGGGCCGCCCGCAUUAUAGAUCAGGAUAUCCGAUGA